UGUUGAACUCCGUAUCCGGUUUUUAGAGUUAUCUUUCUCAAAUUAUGGCGGGAAUGUAAAACUCAAUUAAGAGACGAAGCCAAACAAUUAUCACCAAGGUGUCCUGUCUCCCUAUCAAGUUAUCUAACUGUAACAACAGUGGUGUAACGGACAUUUAGGUUAAAGUCAUCAUGGUUAUGCAUGUUGAACUUCAAGCCACUUGCAGUGCUUUAGGAUAUUUAGAAGGAAAGAAAUAUAUCAAGGAACCAGACUGUCUUGAAACUGUAAAAGAUUUAAUUCGAUUUUUGAAAAGAGAAGAUGAAACUUGUGACAUCAGACGUCAGCUGGGACAUGCAGGAAUUUUACAGAAUGAUUUGCUUCAGCUUAUUAAAAAUUAUAAAAAUGACGCAGCUCUGUUUGAUGCAGUUCUUAGAUUAUUGGUUAAUCUAACACAACCAGCUUAUUUAUGUUUUAACAACCACAUACCAGAAGAUAAAACUCUUCGUAAUUAUUACAUUGAGAUUGAAAACCAUUUAUAUAAUUAUAAAGAGGCAUUUGUUGAUGAAGUGUUAUUCGCUGUUUUAACAGAAAAAAUUGGAGACAUUUUAAAAUUGGACUGGGAACAAAGACAAGAAGAAGAUAAAUUAACACUAGAACGAAUGUUGAUAGUUUUGAGAAAUGUUCUACACAUCGCUCCCGAUCCUUCAAUGGAAAAAAGAACAGAUGAUGAUGCAAGCCUACACGAUCAAAUAAUAUGGGUUUUUCACGUGAGUGGUAUGGAAGAUAUGUUAUUAUAUAUAGCUAGUGCUGAUGAUGAAAGACAACUGUGUAUGCAUUUAUUAGAAAUAAUUUCACUUAUGUUCAGAGAACAAAAACCAGAGGUUUUAGCUAAUGCCGGUGUAAAAAAGUCACAGUCGGAAAAGGAGCGCGAAGAAAGAGAAUUAGAGUCGAUAAGAGAACAAGAAAGAGCCAAUAAAAGAGCUGAAUUUUUAAAACAAAGUACAAGACAUUCGAGGUUUGGUGGGACAUAUGUAGUUAAGAAUUUUAAAUCGAUCAGCGAUCGUGAAAUGAUCUAUCAUAAGGCACGUGGUGAUGUCGAUAAUAUAACAUUAAAUGAUAAAAAACGUAACACCAGAGUUUCUAAAAAUAGACAACCAAUAAAAGAUACAGAAUUUACUAGACGUUCAACUCUUAGUAUUCGUCUCAGCUUGAAGGAAUUCUGUGUUCAGUUUUUGGAGAAUUGUUACAACCCAUUGAUGUUUGCUGUUAAGGAUAAUUUGUUACGAGAAAAAACACAAGAACACGAUGAAACGUAUUAUAUGUGGUCAGUUCGUUUUUUUAUGGAAUUCUGCAGAUUUCACAGUAAAAGAGUGGACUUGAUCAGUGAAACCAUGUCUACGAACACCUACCAUUAUAUUUAUACAAAUCUGAUUAAUUAUUACGAAAUGAUGUUAACAGAGAAAAAAGAAGCUAAAGUUUGGGGUAGAAGAGCCCAUCUGGCGUUAAAAGCUUACCAAGAGCUGAUGUUAACACUGGAUUCUAUGGACAGAUCUGGGAAUUCACAUUUCAUCGAAAGUGCAAAGGUCAUUAAAAGUAAUGUGUUUUAUUUGACGGAGUAUAGAGAUAUAUUUGUUACGUUAUUGAGGAAGUUUAAUGAAAGCCAGAUGUCCAGAACAUAUUUGAAAGAUCUUGUGGAAAGUACGCAUCUUUUUCUCAAGAUGUUAGAAACUUGGAGUAAAAAGGGUUCCGUGGUUGUCCAGAAAAAGAAAAAGCAUAAAUCUAAAAAGCCGAAAGAAAAGCCUGGAUCUGCUGCUAGCGGACCAAGUGAACAGGAAUUGGAAGAUAUGUGGGACGAAAUAUCUGGCGAGUUAUCAGAGAUUGUACAAAAUAGAAAAGAAAUACCGACAGAUAUAACACCAUUCGAUGCUGCUUCGGAAGUAGAUGUUGAUCAACAACGAGCGGAAACUAUGAUACGUAUACAAGAUACUUUGAGAGAGAAGAAGAUGGGGGAAGCUGUAGCAUUGUUUCGAGCAGCUAGAGAAGUCUGGCCAGAGAGAGAUGAGUUCGGAGCAGUAGAUGUAUCACCAGAAGAUGAAUUUAUGCUGGUUCGAGAAAUCUUUUUAGCACCUUUACCAAGACAGACAGUUGAAAGUGAAAACAAUAUAUUUGAAGAGGAUGAAACUUUCAAUGAAGUUGAAGAGGAGGAAAUGGAAUUUACUGAAAAAUCCGAGCAACAGUUUAACUUCCAACAAUACAUGAAUACGUUUGCUAAAUCAGCCAUAUUAAAAAGUUACGGUUUAUUACUAGCGGAUUAUAAAACUAAUACGACUCAUACUAAUCACUGUAUUAUCAAAAUGUUUCAUAGAGUAUCAGUCGAUCUUGGUUGUGUUGGUAUGUUGUUUCAAGCAUCUAUAUUCAGGACAUUUCAACAAUUGAUGUUUGGACCAUGUGUAAAAUUACCCAGAUAUAAGGAAAUGGUGAAAUUUGGAACAUAUCUUGUUGAACAUUUUGUUAAAGCUGCACAAGACAAUCCUAAAAUAUUCAUGGAGUUAUUGUUUUGGAAGAGUAGUUCAGAAGCCAUGGAUAUAACUCACGGUUAUGGUUAUACGGCCAACAAUAGAACUAAAGUUUUGUGGACUGAGGAACAAGAGCAGGAAGUUGGUCGUUUGUAUGAAGAAUCUGCGGCUAAUAUAGAAGAUAAUGAAAAAGAUAUUGCCGAUCGUAUUAUGGAAAGACUGACUGACCCGACUAAAACAAGGAAUCAACUGAUACGACAGUUAAAGCGCCAAGGUCUAAUUGAUAGUGCUGCAGAAUUAAGAAGUAAGAAGACUGGUGUCAAUGUAUGGAGGGAAGAACAUGAAUUAGAACUUAAAACAUUAUUUGAAAGAUAUAAAGAUUCGGACGAUCCAUUGGGAAAUAUUGCGUCUAGUAUGUACAGAUCUAAAAAUAAAGUGGCAAAUAAGUUAAUAGAACUUGGCCUAAUUAAUGAUCGUAAAGACAUUGAUAAAAAACGUACAAAAAAGAAUAAAAGUCACGUUGUGUGGAGGGAAGAAGAAGAAUUCGAACUGAGAAAUCUGUUUGAGGAGUACCAAGAUGGUGGAAAUACCUUACAUAAUAUUAUGUCCCGUAUCAGUGGUAAAUCAAAAUCUAAUGUCAUAGAUAAAUUAUUAGAACUUGAACUUAUUAAGGAUCGUAGUGAGGUGGAUAAAAGGAAACCCACUAAAAAGAAGAAAACGAAUAAAGAUAUCUGGGGUGCAGAACAGGAGGAUGAAGUAUUACCUGAUUUUUCCAGUAGUGAUGAAGAAACACGAGCUAGACGAUUAGAUUCUACGAGAAACAUGUUAGAGAAUAUUAAUAGUAACGAUGAGAAGACUAGUGAUAGCGAGUCGAGUAGUUCUGAUGAUAGCGAUAUGGACGACAAUGGUGUUGAUAUGGCGUCGGGCUCUGAAGGUAGUACCAAUAUGCAUAAAGAUGAAACAAUCAGAAGAACGGCUUAUACUCAAGGUUUAAACUUGACGGAAGUUAUCAAGGAUAUUGUUUCUAGUGGUUAUAAAGAACAGAUAACAUGGAUACAGCGGGCUUUACAGAAAACGGCCAAUAACAGAGAAAAAAACAAUAGUGGUGUUUCUAUACCAAUUGUACCUCUAACAGAAGAUAACGAAACAGCUAUGGAAGAUGAAAAGUUUUUAGAUUUCAUGAAAAUGAUUGGCAUCUCUCCACCUGCUAAUGAACAGGAAGCGUUUUGGAGAAUAUCAGGUGAAUUGAGUGUAAGUGAAUUAAGGAAUAUUAUAGACGGUUUAACGUUAAAUGAUCAAGAUGAACCCAUAAAUGCUGAUAAAAUACAAGUUAAGCAGAUUUCGUCAAUGAAGAAGAAAAAGCAGGCCAAGGAGAAAAAGGAAGUGAGAAAAAACAAAAAAGAUGCUGAAAAGGAAAAAAAAGAAAAUAAUAAACAAGCAGAAAGAAAAAAAAUAAUGAUGUCGAAACUAGAAGCGUUAAAAGCUUUAAAAGAAUCUCGAAAAAGAAAGAGAACUGAUGAGAAUAAUGAAAGUAGUAGUGAUGAAGAAAUCGAAAAUAAGUUUAAUAAACCCAAGUCAAGAAUAAGUCCUAAAGGAACUAAGAAGACCCGUAAAAUACAGAGAGUAAUGGACUUGGAUAGUGAAAGUGAUGACGCCAGCGAGAAAGAUAGAUCUCCAGUAAAACAAGUACAGAUGGAAUCUGAUGGGAAUAGUAGUUCUGAUGAGCCUUUAACUAAAUCUACGAAGUCCCAGUCUUUUCCUGCCACCAUGUUAAGUCAAGUAGUAGAUUCCGAUUCUGAUGUAGAUGAUCAUAUUCCUCUGCGUAAAGUAUUAAAGAAGAACAUUAUCUCGAGUGAUGAGGAUUAAUGACUGGAUUAUAAAUAGGUUUAUCGUCAUUGUGUAAAAUAUUAUAUAAUAUAUCGUAUUCAAAAUCAUCAAAAAACAUCAAAACAAAACAAAAAAAUAAUUAAAACUCAACUAUAAUGAUCAAAAAACAAAAAAAAUAAAACUCAUCUAUAAUCAUCAAAAAACAACAACAAAAAAAAUAAAUUAAAAAAAAAAGAUCACUGCGUUAGUUUUAUUCGUUUUAUUGAAUUUUGUGAUGUAAUUUAUUGGUAAAAAUACAACCACGGCGAUACAGAAAGAAAAACGUGAUUGCAUAGUUGACUACCCGAAAGGCAGUCUUUCGCGUUUAUAAAAUUGUGCGUGAGCCAUAAAAAGAUCCUGCCAAUUUCAAAAAUGAGAAAAAACUCCCCCAAAAAACUCUUCUUAAUUAUAUUGCAAGAGUAAUUCUACAUUUUCUUGAAUUAAGGAAGGCCAAAUUGUAUUCAUGCUUUAGUCUUGUUUAAUAUUUGGUGAAUAUGGUAGCGUCAGAAUUAUCAUCAUGGAAACAGAUAACUCGAAAGUAUGUAGUUUAAAAAAAAACAAAAACUGAAAGUAGUUUAUUAAUCUCAAUAUUUAGAAGAGCGAUUUAGCCAAUUUGCAGGAAUCUUUCAUGACCCCCGCGAAGGAAAGUCGAGGUGUGCCCAGAGGAGCAGGAGCUAAAGGUCAACUUAAAUGAGAAGGACUGGAAAGGUAGAAUAAGCGCCAACAAUUAUAAAUGGUUUGUUCCUUGGAUGAAAGAGAAAGAGUAUGAGUAAAAUCAGUUCCCGUCGCUAAGUCUACAUGACAUACUUUGCGAACCUACAAGUACCAAAAAAAAAGGCACGAAACAAGUUGUUAAAAAAAAAACAAAAAGAAAAAAGAAAAAAAGCAAAGAAAGAGACACUUAAUGUAUGCGAAGGCUUUAAUGGUGGGACGUUCAUCCCAUAAUUAUGCGAGGAAGCAACAUGUACCAAGCUGGGGCAUUGGUACAUGUAUAUGCUGCAACCAACACAUCAACCCUUUAUGACCUGUCAGCUACAUUUCUGAGGCCGAAAAACAAACUUAUACACUGGAUAGAAUGUGACAGUUUUGGGCAGUGGCUGCAUGUUAAAUGUGCUGGUAUCCAAAUUUAAAGAUGUGCAGGUCCAAUUUUACUGCAGUGAAUGUCAAUAAUUGAAUCAUUGCGGGGGAUUUUUUAAAUGGGUAUGGUGGCCGUAUGGUUAGCACGUGCGUGCUGUAUCAUCGUCACGAAUCUGAAAUAUUAAGUAUUGAGAAUUAUGUGUUUGAAAUUUGCGUUCUGUUGUUAUUUCUGUAGACAUCAAAUAAUAACAUUCAUUUGUGAUUUAAUAUUUCAUACAUAUACAUCACCGAACGUCAAUUACAAUUUACAUCAAUGUUAUUAUUUGAUGGACAUAGAGAUAACAACAAAACACAAAUUUCAAACGCAUAAUUCUCAAUGCGUCAUAAGGUCUGUCAUUGAGUCAACUGGCAUGGUUUCUAAGGAUUUUCUAUUAAUAACUUAAGGAGUUGUUACUCUUAAUCAGAUUUUAGUGUAUUAUACAUGCUUCAGCACCAAGAAAAGGUGGGUGUAUGUAUUGUUGCCUGGCAACCUAUCUUUUUAGCUUGUUCUAUCCAGCUCUCGCAAAAUGUGAGCGUAUAGCAACCGCUUGAUCAAUACUGUGUUUUUGUACAUUGAUUGAUAUGUAUUUAAAUUAGUGAAUUGUUAAUCAGGGAUUAUUUGUUAUAUAGGAUUAUUUUUACAAGGGGAUUAUUUUUGAAAAGUUCUUUGCCUGGCAAACUAUCUGUAAUAAGGAUAAAUAAAGAAUUCUUGAAGGGAAAUGCAGACCUGCCAACCUAAAA